CCGCGACAUGAAGGCGGCUAGGGCCAAGACGCCGCGGAGGCCGAAGAAAGCCACGAACCCAACGCUGAAGGACCCGGUGGGGGUGUACUGCCGGGUGCGGCCGCUCAGCCGCGCGGACCAGGAAUGCUGCAUCGAGGUCAUCAACAGCACCACGGUGCAGCUGCACCCGCCCGAGGGCUUCCGAGUGUUCCGGAACGGCGAGUACCGCGAGGUGGAAUUUUUUUUUUUAUUUAUUUUUUUUUUAAUUUUUUCCCUCCUCAAUCCCAUUGAUUUCUCCCUUUUCCCUGCAUUCCCAGGUCUCCUGUUCACCUAUGGGGUGACAGGCAGUGGGAAGACCCACACCAUGACAGGAUCUCCUGGGGAUGGGGGGCUCCUGCCCCGCUGCCUGGCCAUGAUCUUCAACAGCAUCGGCCCCUUCCAGGCCAAGAGAUUCGUUUUCAAGCUGGAUGACAAGAACGGGGUGGAUGUGCAGAGCGAGGUGGAGGCUCUGCUGGAACGGCAGAGGAGAGAAGCCCUGCCCAUCCCAAAAACUCCAGCUGGGAAGUGGAACAGUUGGCAGAAGAAGCGGCGCAUCGCCAACACGCAGCUGAACCGCGAAUCCAGCCGCUCCCACUCGGUGUUCAUCAUCAAACUGGCACAGGCCCCUCUGGAUGCAGACGGGGACAACGUCCUGCAGGAAAAGGAGCAGAUCACCCUGAGCCAGCUGUCCCUGGUGGAUCUGGCGGGAAGUGAGAGAACCAACCGGACCAAAGCCGAGGGGAACAGGCUGCGAGAGGCAGGGAAUAUCAACCAGUCACUGAUGACUUUAAGGACGUGCAUCGAGGUUCUGCGGGAAAACCAACUGUACGGAACAAACAAGAUGGUUCCAUACAGAGAUUCCAAACUGACUCAUCUCUUCAAGAACUAUUUUGAUGGAGAAGGGAAAGUUCGGAUGAUUGUGUGUGUGAAUCCCAAGGCUGAGGACUAUGAGGAGAGCCUGCAAGUGAUGCGUUUUGCAGAGAUGACCCAGGAGGUGGAGGUGGCCAGGCCCGUGGACAGGCCCCUGUGCGGGCUGACGCCGGGCCGGCGCCUCCGGAACCAGGCGUUCCGAGAGGAGCUGGCCCGAAAGCUGGAGCUCAGGGGAGGCCCCGUGGGAGCAGGACCAGAGGAGCCAUCUGCUGCUGAGCUGUUUUUCCAGAGCUUCCCUCCCCUGCCUCCCUGCGAGCUCCUGGAUAUCAACGAUGACCAAACGCUCCCAAAACUGAUCGAGGCCCUGGAGCAGCGCCACAAAAUGAGGCAGAUGCUGGCUGAGGAAUUUACCAAAAACGUUCUUGCCUUUAAAACAAUGCUGCAAGAAUUUGACUCCAGUGUGGCAUCCAAGGAAAAUUAUAUCCAAGGAAAACUGGCUGAGAAGGAGAAAACCAUCACGGGGCAGAAGACAGAGCUGGAACGGCUGGAGAAGAAGAUCAAAACCUUGGAGUACAAGAUCGAGAUUUUGGAGAAGACAGCCACGAUUUACGAGGAGGACAAGAGGAACCUGCAGCAGGAGCUGGAGAGCAAGAGCCAGAAGCUGCAGAGGCAGGCGUCGGACAAGAGGAGGCUGGAGGCCAGGCUGCAGGGAAUGGUGGCUGAGACCUCCCUCAAGUGGGAGAAGGAAUGUGAGCGGCGGGUGGCAGCCAAGCAGCUGGAGAUGCAGAACAAGCUGUGGGUGAAGGAUGAGAAGCUGAAGCAGCUCAAGGCCAUCGUCACCGAGCCCAGAGCAGAGAGACCAGAGAGGCCUUCCCGGGAAAGGGAUCGGGAAAAGCCUGUGCCCAGAUCCGUGUCUCCUUCCCCCGUGCCCGUUGGUCCGGCGGCUCCGCUGCGGCCGCGCCGUUCCCGCAGUGCCGGCGAGCGCUGGGUGGAUCACCGGCCGCCGUCCCACGUGCCCACGGAGACGCUGCUGCAGCCGCGCGUGCCCAGGGCCAUCACCGUGGACUCGCCCAGCGAGCGAGCCCUGGCCAGGUGUGACCGCUACCUGCUGACCCACCAGGAGCUCGCCUCCGACGGGGAGAUCCAGACCAAGCUCAUCAAGGGGGACGUGUUCAAGACCAGGGGUGGGGGCCAGGCCGUGCAGUUCACGGACAUCGAGACCCUCAAGCAGGAAUCUCCCACCGGGCGGAAGCGCCGCUCGUCCCCUCCCCAGCCCGACCCUGCCGGGGACGCCGCGGACUCGGAAUGGACGGACGUGGAAACCAGGUGUUCCGUGGCCGUGGAGAUGAGGGCGGGAUCGGCGCUGGGACCGGGAUUGCAGCACCACGCCCAGCCCAAGCGCAGGAAACCCUGAAUUUUUCCUGCUGGAAUCCCGGAUUUUCCCAGCCUGAGGAAUUCUCUGCUGCCACUGCUCCUCAAGAACUGCUUUGUGCUCAUUCCCGGAGGUUUUUAGGGAAGCUGGGAAUUGAUUCCAUGAGUGAUCCCAAAGAAGCUCUGCAUGGACCUGUCCUUCUCCAUAGAUUUAGGGAAAUCCUAAAGGUCCCUCUGGAAUUCCAGAGCCACCAGGCUUUUCCCUGGGAGAUUUUUCCAGCUUUUUCCCAGUUUUCUUUCAGUCCCAAAUCCAUCUUUUUCCGGUCAUUCCCUCUCUUUUGGGGGACCCAUCCGCUGCUAUUCCGAGCUGCUGUCCAGCACUUUAAGGGUGUUUUUGGCCAUUCCCGAUUUUACUGGAACCAGGAAAAAAACUUGGGAAUACGGAUUUUCUUCUGGCAAGAAUGAAUUUGGAAUAUUUAAAGUGUCACUGAUCUUCUGUCAGAACAUUCCAGAACUCGCCCAAAAUCCUGGGAGCGGUGGGAAUUCCCAUCCCACCUGCUUUGGGGGUGUGGGGGAAACUAUGGAAUGUUUUCCAUGUGGGAAUGGGGGGGAAAAGGAAAGGGGAUUUCCUCACAGGUCGGGUGGGAAUUGUCUCUCUGUGUGUCCCUGCAAGGUGUUCAAUAAAUCCUUUUAUUCCAAA